UUCUCAAUAUUGGAAUCAUUUUAACGUACCAAAUUAGGAGAGCAGCACAGGAUGAGCUGCGGAGAAGGAAAAGUCUCACUGCGCGUUGGAUUAGUCAAUAACUGCCCCAAAUUUGUCAACAAGAGACCAUUUCUCUAACCCUCAAUUUCGGAAUCAGUCGUUCAUAAUCUCUCCCCAAUCUCUGGAUUAGGUUUCCUACUGUUUGAGAUUUUGAUCAGACCAAGUACUUUCAGGUCGGGUCUUUGGUCAAAAAUAUGUCAGCAAGCAAUACAUCUUCUAGAGCAUGGGGUGGGGGAGUCUAUACAAGAGACGCCUAAAAGUUUGCACUUUAGCUAUUGUUAUCUACCUGGAUUAUAAGGCUUUACAACAGAGGGAAAAGUGGACAAAGAAGCCGAAGAUAGAUGCUCUUUGGAAAAAAGCUCAUGAGCGGAAUGCAAAACGGGUUCUCUAUUUGAUGAUAGAGUUAGAAGGUCUAUGGGUGAAACUAGGACAAUACCUAUCCACGCGUGCUGAUGUACUUCCAGAAGCCUAUAUAAACUUGUUAAAACAAUUACAGGACUCUCUUCCACCUCGCCCUUUAGAAGAGGUUUACCAAACUAUAGAAAAAGAGCUGGGAAAAUCCACGGCCGAUCUAUUCUUGUAUUUUGAUGAAGUUCCUCUGGCAACAGCAUCAAUAGCACAAGUUCAUCGUGCAACUUUGCGUGAUGGGCAGGAAGCUGUUGUUAAGGUUCAGCAUGAUGGCGUAAAGAUAGUAAUCUUGGAGGAUCUGAAAAAUGCUAAAUCAAUAGCAGAUUGGAUAGCUUGGGCAGAACCACAAUAUAACUUUAAUCCUAUGAUAGAUGAAUGGUGCAAAGAAGUACCCAAGGAACUAGACUUUAAUCAUGAGGCAGAAAAUACUCGUAAGGUCUCAAGUAACCUAGGCUGCAGAAAGAAUUCUAAAGCUUCCAAUUUAGUUGAUGUAUUAAUUCCUGAAGUUAUUCAGUCUACAGAAAAGGUCCUCAUACUAGAGUACAUGGAUGGCAUUCGUUUAAAUGAUUCCGAAGCGCUUCAGGCUUUGGGUGUUGAUAAACAAAAACUCGUUGAAGGAAUUACACGUGCAUAUGCACAUCAAAUUUACGUGGACGGAUUCUUCAAUGGUGACCCACAUCCUGGCAAUUUUCUUGUGAGCAAGAAACCUCCGCAUUCCCCCAUUUUGCUUGAUUUUGGGCUCACAAAGUUGCUGCCAAACUCUACAAAACAAGCUCUUGCAAAAAUGUUCUUGGCUUCAGCUGAGGGAGAUCAUGUGGCACUAUUGUCUGCUUUCUCAGAAAUGGGACUUACAUUCCGCCUUGACAUUCCAGAGCAGGCUAUGGAGAUAACAAAUAUGUUCUUUCGUUCUUCAACUCCUGCAGCCGAAGCUGUCGAAACCAUGAAAUCAAUGGCUGAGCAAAGGGAAAAAAAUCUCAAGGUUCUCCAAGAAAAGACAAAACUAAGCAAAAAAGAAGUGAAGCGAUUUAAUCCUGUCAAUGCAUUUCCUGGUGAUAUAGUGAUAUUUGGCAGGGUCCUUAAUCUGCUUCGAGGCUUAUCAGCGACAUUGAAUGUGCGCAUAAUUUAUAUUGACAUAAUGAGACCAUUUGCUGAAUCUGUAUUGAAAUGCAACUUAAAUAAAGGGCCCGUGGCAAAUCCACAAUGGAUUUAUGACACCCCUAUCCUCUCUGAUGUUGAGGCCAAACUGCGGCUGCUCUUAGUUGAACUCGGAACUGCUGACAAAAUACUUGGGAUUCAGGUUUGUGCCUACAAAGAUGGAAACGUGAUCAUCGAUACUUCUGCUGGUGUGCUUGGAAGAUAUGAUCCACGACCAGUUCAACCUGAUAGCUUAUUUUCUGUUUUUUCAGUAACAAAGGGAAUCACAGCAGGAAUGCUGCAUUGGCUUGUUGAUAAAGGAAAACUAAGGAUUGAUGAGAAUGUAGCAAACAUUUGGCCAGAAUUUGGAUCCAAUGGGAAAGAUCAAAUAAAGGUUCACCAUGUGCUUAACCAUACAUCUGGUUUGCAUAAUGCCCUUGCUGACCUGGCUCGAGAAAACCCACUAUUUAUGAGCGAUUGGGACGAAUCUUUGAACCGCAUUGCCAUGACUACCCCAGAGACUGAACCUGGUCAGAAGCAGCUUUACCAUUAUUUAUCUUUUGGCUGGUUAUGUGGUGGGAUAAUUGAGCGGGCUUCUGGAAAACGAUUUCAACAAGUUCUUGAAGAAGCGUUUAUUCACCCUCUUAAACUUGAAGGGGAGCUUUAUAUCGGAGUUCCUCCAGGUGUAGAGUCAAGACUGGCUACGCUUACUUUGGAUACAGAUGAUGUGAGUCGACUUUCGGAAACAAUCACCCGUCCGGACCUACCCUCAACCUUCCAACCACAAAACAUUGCUCAAACUGCGUCCGCACUUCCUGUCAUAUUCAACACACUCAACAUUCGACGUGCCAUCAUACCCUCUGUCAAUGGACAUUGCUCGGCCCGUGCACUUGCCCGCUACUACGCGGCGCUUGUUGAUGGAGGCAAGAUCCCACCAUUGCCACCAUCGUCUUCCUCUACCCAACCACUAGGGACCCACCCUCACACCCCGAAGCUCUCUCCCCCAAAGAAGACUCCCAAGAAAAUGUUGGGUAGGUCAUGCUGGAAAGCUGUGGCGGGUCCCAGUAGCUUGGAUAGCAGAAAUGGUAGUGCCAACCAUGAGUACACAUUGGUUGUCAAUGGUGAUAGUUCUCCAAGUGAUGACUAUAAUGAUGGGAAGCUUUUCAACAACCCGAGCAUCCACGAAGCAUUCUUGGGCAUCGGGGAAUUUGAUAACCUGGUCCAUCCAAACGGGCAGUUUGGGCUCGGUUUCAAAAGGAUAGUCUCAAAGGAUGGAGGAGGCAUUGUUGGCUUUGGUCAUUCGGGCAUUGGUGGAUCAAUGGGCUUUUGCGACAUCAAGAACAGGUUCGCUAUUGCAAUCACACUAAACAAGUUGUCAUUUGGUGCAGUGACUUCAAGAAUAAUUGAGUUGGUUUGCUCUGAACUUAAUAUUCCAGUGCCAGAUGAUAUCUCCAGCAGACUGGAGAUGGAGAUAUCAUCUAUGAGUUUAGCACAACCAAUUAUAAACUGAUAUACAUGUAUAUGCAGGGAAGAGAUCGUUUGACAGCCACUUUGGGUGUCAUACUAUGACACUGGCCAUUUGAGAGCCCUACGGUGCUCUGUUAGACUCCAAACUGGGUCCUACCCUCCUAACCCCCACCCCCACAAAAUGCCCAGCCGACCCCCAACCCCAACACAGUAACAUUUUGGCUAUCCAAUGGGGAUGGGGGCAUGAAUCAGUUGUGGGGGUGGGGGGGGGGGGUGGGGGUGUGGAAGGGGGCAUAUGACCCACUUUGAGGUCUGAGGGAGGAUCGUAGCGUCCCGAGGUCAUAUUAUGACACCCAAAAUCGUGUCAAAAGACUAGUGGGAGUAUAUGUAUAAAAGUAUACAAGUGUAUAAUAAAGCUCAAACUCUUUUUAUUCACAAUAUACUCCGUACUACUUUUGAAUUGUUGGAAAUAUGGACAUAAAUGACUUACAAAUGAAAAUGUUGUCAUAGUUAAUACUCCAAUUAAAGUACUCCAACUCUUGUAAUUUUAGGACAAUUAUAAUUUAUAAACAAGGUAUUCAUUUACCAAUAAGGUUCUUAUGCAUAG